GUAGUCCAUGAAACUUCCAAGGGCACGGAGGCCUGGGCACCGUCACCCAGUUUAUCCUCCGCGGGCGCGGGAGUGAGCCGCAGUAUAUCCCUGCUGACCGCGUACGCAUGCGUGAGGCUGAGCGGCCAGCGUGCGUGUGACGUCACGUGCGCGCCGGUCGGGUUUCUUCCUAGUUUCUCUGUAGAGCGCGGCAGCAAGCUAUCAGCUUCCGUAAUUGACUUUGCUUUGGAAAGCACUGUGAAGCAGAUCUGGUAUGCCACUUGAAUUAAUAAAAGAAGUCAAUGGGGUGCCUGAAAUUGAGCCGCUAAGUAAAUUACACAAAGUAGAUUUCAGAUCCCUACAGCCAGGUGGUGAUUAUAGCAAGAAAUACAUCCAGGGAAAGCUUUCGUAUAUCUCUUCUUUAACUAAUGGUGGAAACAGAACACUUGUUUUGAAGAUUAGCCUACAAGAACAAGAAAAUUCAGAUUCAGAGGUCAACACCAUCAAUGUAUCAUUUUUCGGAAAAUUAGCAAAGGACUGUGCAAAAGUUUUCUAUGAAGGGGACACUAUUGCAGUGGCUGGAUUUAUUGUUUUUUCGGCAUCAUCUACAAGCAGAGAUGGUAAACAAUCCUUACUUUUGAAAGCAUUUGAAGACGUUAAAUCAACUGUUUAUGUUUAUGUUAAAUCUGUGAAAGAUUUUUCUUCAGAAUCAAUGUCUUUGGUUCCAGCAACACAUUAUGUCUAUACACCCCUGAAUCAACUUAAGAGUGGUACGAUUGUCAAUGUCUAUGGUGUUGUGAAGUUCUUUAAGCCUCCAUAUCUAAGCAAAGGAACUGAUUACUGCUCGGUUGUAACAAUUGUGGACCAGACAAACGUAAAGUUAACCUGCCUCUUCUUUAGUGGAAAUUGUGAUGACCUUCCAAUGAUUUAUAAAAAUGGAGAUAUUGUUCGCUUUCACAGGCUGAAGAUCCAAGUAUAUAAAAAUGAGACUCAGGGUAUCACCAGCUCUGGCUUUGCGUCUUUGACAUUCGAGGGAACUUUGGGAGCUCCUAUCAUACCUCGUACUUCAAGCAAGUCUUUUAACUUCACUGCUGAGGACCACAAAAUAGUAGAAGCCUUACGUGUUUGGGCAUCUACUAAUAUUUCACCUUCUUCAACAUUAGUAAAAUUGUGUGAUGUUCAGCCCAUGCAGUAUUUUGACCUGACUUGUCAGCUCUUGGGCAAAGCAGAAGUGGAUGGAGCAUCAUUUCUUCUAAAGGUAUGGGAUGGCACCAGGCCCCCGUUCCCGUCUUGGAGAGUCUUAAUACAAGACCUUGUUCUUGAAGGCGAUUUAAAUCACCUCCAUCGGCUGCAGAAUCUGUCCAUAGACAUUGUAGUGUACGACAACCAUGUUCAAGUGGCAAAGUCUCUGAAGGUUGGAAGCUUUCUUAGAAUUUAUAGUCUCCAUACCAAACUUCAGUCAGUGAAUUCGGAGAACCAGGCAACAUCAUUAGCUCUUGAGUUUCAUCUCCAUGGAGGUACCAGUUAUGGUCGGGGAAUCAGAGUCUUGCCAGAAAGUAACUCUGAUGUGGAUCAGCUGAAAAAGGUUUUAGAAUCUGCAGAUUUGACAGCCAAUCAGUGUUCAGAGGGUAUCUGUCCAUCAGAACGUGAGGACAGCUUUCCAACUGUUUCAAGCUCUGGAUCAGUAUCACUGUAUGAGGUAGAAAGAUGUCAACAACUGUCGGCUACAAUACUUACAGAUCAUCAAUAUUUGGAGAAAACUCCACUAUGUGCUAUUUUGAAACAAAAGGCUCCUCAACAAUAUCGAAUUCGAGCAAAAUUGAGGUCUUAUAAGCCCAGAAGACUCUUUCAGUCCGUUAAACUUCAUUGUUCUAAAUGUCAUUCACUGCAAGAAGUUCCAGGUGAGGGUGAUUUGGAUAUAAUUUUGCAAGAGGCUGCCACUAAAACCCCGGAUACCAAAUUACAGAAUACCACAUUAUAUGAUUCGAAAAUCUGGACCACUAAAGAUCAAGGAGAACGAAAAGUAGCUGUUCAUUUUGUGAAAAAUAAUGGUAUUCUUCCACUUUCAAAUGACUGUCUAAUUUUGAUAGAAGGAGGUACACUCAGUGAGAUGUGCAAACUCUCAAGCAAGUUUCAUAGUGUAAUUCCUGUGAAGUCUGGCCGUGAAGAUCUGGAACUCCUCGACCUUUCAGUACCAUUCCUUAUACAAAGAAAAACACAUCACUAUGGGUGUAAACAGUGUUCUAGUUUGAGACCAAUACAAAAUCUAAAUUCUCUGGUUGAUAAAACGUCAUGGAAUCCUUCUUCUGUGGCAGAAGCACUAGGUAUUGUACCCCUCCAACAUAUGUUUGUGAUGACAUUUACUCUUGAUGAUGGAACAGGUGUGUUGGAAGCUUAUCUCAUAGAUUCUGACAAGUUCUUCCAGAUUCCAGCAUCAGAAAUCCUCAUCAAUGAUGACUUUCAGCACAGUAUGGAUAUGAUCAUGGAUAUGUUUUGUCCUCCAGGAACAAAAAUUGAUGCAUAUCCGUGGUUGGAAUGCUUCAUCAAGUCAUAUAAUGUCACCAAUGGAGCGGAGCAGCAAAUUUGCUAUCAGAUUUUCGACACCACAGUUGCAGAGGAUCUUAUCUAGUAUUGACGUUCAAUUUAGCAUAUGUAAAAUAUUGCAGUUUUAGAAAACAUUAGUAUUUCCUAUGAGAGUGCUAUAAAAUACAUAAAAAAUUUAGCUCUGUAGUUUAUUUUCCAUUUUAACUGCUAUUUAAUUUUUUUUUUUGACAAAUAGACGUUGUGUUAAUCUUACCACCUUGUGAGUACGUUAAAAAUGUUCUCGUUGCUCAGAAUAUCUAGUAGGAUGACUGCUAGGGAUGUAGAAGAAAGAGAAACAUUGAAUAAAGAGGACUGAGUUUUCAUUUACUCUUUGCAGCCCUUUCAGAGAAGCUGUUUUGCUCCCCCGCACUAAAAACCACUUUCCUGUUGGCUUUUCCGUGUUAUCAGCCGCUGGUUUCUUGCCAUCCGCCAUCCCUGGUUGAGCUGCUUUUCCUGCCCUGAUUUUUGUAUCAGCAAUGUUGAUAAUUUCAGCGUGAGUAUGGGAUUAGAAGAUGUCUUACCUUCAGUCUCUCAGCUUUUACUGAGUACAAGGUGUGUAGCGGGUAGUGGUUUCAUUUUGUUUUUGUACAAAGGGAUCUGUUUAAACAAGUACUCUUUAAAGAAAUGCUUGUCUGAGUUACAGUGGACUUAAAAGAGUGAUUUCAUGUAAGUGGAAGUGGCCAGAUUGCUUUCUUUGGGUGCUGAUGUUGACCAAUUUAGGAUAAAUCCAUUCCUUCAGACCUGAAUUAUGUGCUUUGAUUGCUUGUUUCUCUACAUGAUGUUAGAAGUUAUUCCAUCGCACCUCAGCCUAAUGAAGUGUUCAGAUUUACAGUGUUAGUGACUUACUUAUAUUACCCUUUUCUUAGUGUGUAAAAUAUGCUUAGAUUUCAGGUUGAACAUUGAUUGAGAUGUUAACUCAGUGUAAUAGUCUGCUUUUUACUUGACAGUAUUUGUCAAAUUUCAAAUCAUGAAUAUUCAGUUUUUAUACAAAUGCUUUUAUAUAUUUGUAUAUAUGUGUAGAUUUCUGUAUGAUAUUUGCUAAAGACUGAGGCAGAGAGAUCUGCCUACUUCAAUAUUAACAAAGAAUAAAUAAAUGUACAUGUUU